UCGGCAGAAAAACAAAGACUCGGACCCGCUGCCGCGUUCCCUCCCUCCCUCCCGGCUGCUCCCCGUCCCGCAGCCCCGGGCGGUGCUCGGGCACAAGGUCCCCACCCCGCCGCCCCCACCCCCCGAUCUCGGGGAUGCUCCCGGUGUGGGGGGGGGUCUCAGCCUCGCUCCGACCCCUCGGCCGCCCUUUGUUGUUCGGCGCUGGGCUGAGCGCGCUCCCGCCUCCCUCCCCCCGAUCCUCCGCGGGGCCACGCGGGAGCGCGCUUCGCCCCCGCCCCGCUCCCGCCCCGCGCCGCCGCCGUGGGAGCUGCGGAGCCACCGGGAGCAGCGGGGAGCGGGGCCCGGCCCCGCAGAUCGGGCUCCGUCGGGAGCGGCCAUGGAGGCGGGCAAAAUGACUGUCAGCAUCAAUAAGGCUAUUAAUACACAGGAAGUGGCUGUCAAGGAGAAACACGCCAGAACGUGCAUCCUGGGCACGCACCACGAGAAGGGGGCACAGACCUUCUGGUCGGUGGUGAACCGGCUGCCGCUCUCGGGCAAUGCCGUGCUCUGCUGGAAGUUCUGCCAUGUCUUCCACAAGCUCCUCCGUGACGGCCAUUCAAAUGUACUGAAGGACUCUUUGAGAUACAAGAAUGAGCUGAGUGACAUGAGCAGGAUGUGGGGCCACCUGAGCGAGGGCUAUGGACAGUUGUGCAGCAUCUACCUCAAACUGCUGAGAACCAAGAUGGAGUUCCACACCAAGAACCCGCGGUUCCCCGGCAAUCUGCAGAUGUCUGACCGGCAGCUCGACGAGGCGGGAGAGAACGAUGUCAACAACUUCUUCCAGCUGACAGUGGAAAUGUUUGACUAUCUGGAAUGUGAGCUGAACCUCUUCCAGACGGUGUUCAGCUCCCUGGACAUGUCUCGCUCUGUGUCGGUCACUGCAGCAGGGCAGUGCCGCCUGGCCCCGCUCAUCCAGGUGAUCCUGGACUGCAGCCACCUCUACGACUACACCGUCAAGCUGCUCUUCAAGCUCCACUCGUGUCUGCCGGCCGAUACGCUGCAGGGCCACCGGGACCGAUUCCUGGAGCAGUUCAGAAAGCUGAAGGACCUCUUCUAUCGCUCCAGUAACCUGCAGUACUUCAAGCGUCUGAUUCAGAUCCCACAGCUCCCAGAGAAUCCUCCCAAUUUUCUGCGAGCCUCGGCGCUGUCAGAACACAUCAGCCCCGUGGUGGUCAUCCCUGCUGAGGCAUCCUCACCUGACAGCGAGCCCAUCACAGACCUGGUGGAGAUGGACACGGCGUCACAGAGCCUGUUUGACAACAAGUUUGAUGACAUCUUUGGCAGCUCAUUCAGCAGCGACCCCUUCAACUUCAACAGCCAGAACGGGAUGAAUAAGGAUGAUAAGGACCGGCUGAUUGAGCAGCUCUACAGGGAAAUCGGGGCUCUGAAGGAGGAGCUGGAGAGCUUCAAGGCUGAGAGUGAGCGGCGUGGUCUGCAGCUGCGCGGGCGCAUCAGUGAGCUGGAGGCAGAGCUGGCCGAGCAGCGGCACCUGAAGCAGCAGGCGAUGGACGACAGCGAGUUCCUGCGCACGGAGCUGGAGGAGCUGAAGAAGCAGCGGGAGGACACAGAGAAAGCACAGAGGAGCCUGACAGAGAUCGAGAGGAGAGCGCAGGCGAAUGAGCAGCGGUACAGCAAGCUGAAAGAGAAGUACAGCGAGCUGGUGCAGAACCACGCCGACCUGCUGAGAAAGAACGCAGAGGUGACCAAGCAGGUGACGGCGGCGAGGCAGGCCCAGGGUGAUGUGGAGCGGGAGAAGAAGGAGCUGGAGGAUUCCUUCCAGCGGGUGAGCGAGCAGUCCCAGCGCAAGUCCCAGGAGCAGGCAGAGGUGCUGGAGACGUUGAAGCGGGAGCUGGCAGCCAGCAAGCAGGAGCUGCAGGCCUUGCAGGGAACACUGGAGACCAGCAUGCAGGCGGGAGCAGAGCAGAACACCCGGAUAGCAGGACUGGAGCAGGAGCGGGACAGCCUGAGCCAUGCAGCAGCGCAGCACAGCAAGGAGAUGGCAGCCCUGCAGGCUGAGCUGCAGCAGCUGCGGGACACGCUCAGCAGUGAGAAGGAGAGCAGCAGGAAGGAGCUGGAGACACUGCAGACACAGCUGCGAGAAAAGGAGAGUGCAGAGCGGACCCUGCAGCAGCACCGUGCCGAGGAGCAGUUUGCUCUGCUGCAGGGCAGCACGCGGGAGGCAGAGCGCAUGGUGCAGGACGCCCUCAGCCGCAUCGAGGACCCCGCUCACAUCAGUUGCACCGGCUCAGCAGAUUACCUCCUGUCCAGGACGUCUGCAGCCUCUGAGUGCAUUGAGAGGCUGCAGGAUGCACACAGCAAAUACCUUGCUGACCGCACAGACGUGAGCGCCCUGCUGCCCUGCGUGGCACUCUUUGCCCACCUCAUCAGUGAUGCCAUCCUGCAAGGCAGUGCUACCUCCCACAUGGCCCUGAUGGAGCCUGCUGACCGGCUGCUGGAGGCCUGCAAGCAGUGCGGCAGUGAGGCCAUCAGCUACCUCAGCUCCCUGCAAGACCCGGGCAGUGUGGCAAGUGCCAACUGCACAGCAGUGACCAACUGCCUGCGCCGGAUCAGCGCCAUUGGGGAGGAGCUGCAACCCAGAGGGCUGGACGUGAAGCAGGAGGAGCUGGGAGAUCUGGUGGACAAGGAGAUGGCAGCUACAUCAGCAGCUAUUGAGACGGCAGCCGCCCGGAUCGAGGAGAUGCUGAGUAAGGCCCGGGCUGGUGACACUGGAGUCAAACUGGAAGUGAAUGAGAGGAUCCUGGGUUCCUGCACCGGCCUCAUGCAGGCAAUCCAGGUGCUCGUCCUGGCAUCCAAGGACCUGCAGCGGGAGAUUGUGGAGAGUGGACGGGGCGCAGCGUCCCCCAAGGAGUUUUACGCCAAGAAUUCCCGCUGGACAGAGGGCCUCAUCUCUGCCUCCAAGGCCGUGGGCUGGGGAGCAACUGUCAUGGUGGAUGCUGCUGACCUGGUGGUGCAAGGGAAAGGGAAGUUUGAGGAGCUGAUGGUCUGCUCCCACGAGAUCGCAGCCAGCACUGCACAGCUGGUGGCAGCCUCCAAGGUGAAGGCAGACAAGGACAGCGCCAACCUGUCCAAGCUGCAGCAAGCGUCUCGGGGUGUCAACCAGGCCACGGCCGGUGUGGUGGCCUCCACCAAGUCUGGAAAGUCACAGAUUGAGGAGAAAGAUAGCAUGGACUUCUCCAGCAUGACACUAACACAGAUCAAGCGCCAAGAAAUGGACUCUCAGGUGCGAGUGUUGGAGCUGGAAAACCAGCUGCAGAAAGAGCGGCAGAAGCUGGGGGAGCUGCGCAAGAAGCAUUACGAGCUGGCAGGAGUGGCAGAGGGCUGGGAGGAGGACGGCACCGAUUAGCCUCCGCGGCGGGACCAGCCAGCAGCAGAGACCCCUUCAUUCAGCCAGGACCCAGCUUGGUGCAGCCUUUUUCAGAAGACACACAAUAAACUGGUGCAAAAUUCAGCCUGAAGCACACGUCCUCCGCGUUCCCCAAGAGCCGCCUCCAGCGCUGAAGGACCAAGAGCCGCAUCGCUGCCAGCGGAGCCGCUGGGGCUGGGAGCGAGGGCUGCCGGCCUGACGCCAUCCGCAGACUGCACGUGUAUUUAUUAGAGCUGCUGGGGGGUCCCUGGGGUGGUUUCUAACCCUUUAGUUUCGUUUUUGCACAGAUUUCUCUGAAGUGUUUGACCCAGCUCUGGCAGAUUGGGAGCAUUCGGGUUUCCUUCACCUCUUGCUGCUUCUCCAGCCUUAAUGUAUUCACUGGUGCAGUGCAGCUUCCUCCCCCCCGAACCCCCCCACGUGAGGAGCCUCGGGCCAUGGGAUGCAGCAGAGCCAAGGCCAGGACCGGGACCAGCUCUGCUGGUGCUGCUGGGCCAGCUCAGGUUCUGGUGCGAGUCCUGGUGCUUCCAUGGCCCGGGCCCACGUGGGGCACCGAGUGCCUUUGGCCACCAAGAGAGCCAGGGCCUGUGCUGCUGCCUGGGGCUCACGUGUGGGGUGCUGGGGAAAGCCGCUGCCCCCCCUGAGCCCUGCAGAGCCCACAGCCCCAUGGUGGGAGGAACCGGCAGUGAGGAGGGACAGGGCUGGGAGCAGGAGCAGGGCAGCGAUGGGCUCCCCGUGUCCCCGAAGUGCCCUGUACCAGCAGAGCUCGGGGCAGGGCUGUGCCGCCCCAGCACAUCACUGUGUUCAUACCAGCAAUAAACCAGCGGGCAAAGCGC